GGAGGGGUUGUGUGUGUGUGUGUGUGUGGUGCUGAUGCUGCGCGUGCCUCGGAGGCGGCCGCUGCCAUAGAAAUCCACCGAGCAUCCCUCCGCGAGACGACCAGCGCGAGCACUCUCGGUUUUUUCCUUCUUCCUCCUUCACGGUUAAAAACCUGAUGAUGAGGAGACUCGGGGUGUUUCUGUCCGCUCUGCAGACCUUGUUCACCUGUUUAUAACCACAAAUAUCCCUCACUUUUAAUUUGAUCAUCCUUCGUAAAGCACACGCUUCGGACCGGAUCUCUGAUUCCGAGGCUGGACUUCUCCCCGGUGCCUGCCCCGCCGUGCUCGCCGCUCCGUCCCUCCAUACUUUAUGCACAGCACGCUGCUCCCGUCGUCCCCGAAGAAACACACCUUCGUGCCCGAGCACCAUGGUCCGCUCCAGGCGCUUUCACUAAGAGACAUGGAGGCGAAGCAGCACCAGAUCAAGAGCCUGAAGAGCUACCCGGAGACCGGCGGCCGGAGCCUGGCAGCAGCCGCCGCCGCGGGGGGAGACGGAGCAGGCGGCGCUGGGAACCGAGCCGGCUCGGCUGAGAUGGACAUGGAGGCGAAGAUCCAGAAAGCCAUCGACUUCAAGGCGGAGGGUCACCGCUGCUACAAGGAGAAGAAAUUCCGGGAGGCGAUAGGCAAGUACCACCGGGCGCUUCUGCAGCUGAAGGGGGUGCACGUCGCGGAUGGGACGACGGGCUCCGAGGUCAACCUGCUGAGCCAAGCCACCUCCAAGAUGACCGAGGAGCAGCGGAGAUCCGUGGAGAUCACCGAGAUCGAGUGCUACGACAGCCUGACAGCGUGUCUGUUGCAGUCCGAGCUGGUAAACUACGAGAGAGUGAAGGAGUACUGUCUGAAGGUGCUGAGCCACCAGAGAGACCACUUCAAGGCCAUGUACCGAGCCGGCAUCGCCUUCUAUCACCUGGGUGACUACGAAUGUGCCCUACGUUACCUGCGUGACGCCAAGAACCGCGAACCAUCAGACACCAACGUGCUCCGGUACAUCCAGCUGACGGAGAUGAAGAUGAGCAAGAGCGGACAGCGGGAUCGAGAGAUGGGCAAAGAGACCCAGGGCUGACCCUCGACCUUUUCACCCUCCUGACCCGCCCACCCCUGACCCUACGAACAGUCCCGGAUGGCCCCUCCCUCUCUCCGCCUCCUCCAUCGACUACUGACAGCAGCACAGCCCACAGACGGAAGGGACCGACCCAAUCACCUGCCAGCGAUGAACUGAAGCGGGAGACAUAUCAAGAGCUGUCUGCAGCACAUCCCCUUCAUCCCUCUCUUCCCUCCUCUUCUCCCUUUUUCUCCCUCAGGUGCUGUGGUUCAUCUUCCCUUAGACGCAGACAGUCAAGCAAACGUAAAAAAGAAAACAACAACAACAAAAAAAUACAAGAAAAAUGCUGUAUUAUACUCAUAUGAAACAUCAUCGCGGCGGACUGAAAAGGGAGCUUCAACACAUACAAAUAAUGGACAUUUGCGUGAUUUAGUAAAAGUUUUAAAAACAUGAAAAGCAUUUUGUCUCUGCUCUCUUGCUCUUUUUCUCUUGGCCUUCUCUCUCUCUCUCUCUCUCUCCUUCUUAUCUGGAACUCUUGAGGAGAAAAUCAGGGCUGGGAAACUCGACCACACCGGGAGGAGGGCAGGAGUGUGUGUGGAGGAAGUUCGGCCAUGAGCGUGGGGAUAGUGAGGUGGGGGGGGUGUGUGACACAUAUCAAGACCAUAGCCCAGUUUGAUUGUACAUCCUAUACCCCAACAGGGCACCCGAGGGCCCUUAUAUCCAGACUGUGGGACAGACUAGAAAUCUUUCAUCGAGUAGAGAAGAAGCCUUCCUCUGUGCUUAAUCUAUCGCUCUUCUGUCUCACUUGUCUCUCCUGGAUGCCAUGUAUCUCUCUUUCUGGACUGUUGUUUCUAUUCAAGGGCUAAUUCAAGUGUUUGUAAUCCGUCACUAGGGUUUUUUUUUUUUAUUUGCUUUCGGUGUUCAUCAUACUCAGUAGUACCUAAUUGAUAUGGUGUGCUAUUGUGGAAAACUGGUGUGUCUUGAAUCUGUUGUCCGAAACCCCUCCUGGGUCGCGUGUUGUUGUUGAUGUUGUUGACACUCCCUCCCUCCUUCCUCCCCCUGUUCUCCCGUCAAUGAUGUCACAAUGGAAAAUAGCCAAUGGGAUCGGUGUUCCAUCAACCUGCCAUUGGCUUAGAUGGAGAUCCACUCUUUAAGCGGUUCACGGCGAGAAAACACUUUCUUCUUAACCGAGGUCCGACCUUUUAUCGCUAAUGCUGAAGCUUCCCAGACAUCGACAAUACGCCGAGGAGACUCUGGGCGGCGUUAGUGCAGGGAAACAAUCACACGCUUCUGUCCCGACAGUCCGAACAACCACCACGGAGCACUCAGCUUAUAGUGCACUUCAACAAGAGUGAGCCAUUUGAGAUUCUUCCUCUUUCAGUUUUCCGUAUGUCGAUAAAUAAAAUACCAAUGUAUGGAAACAGACGGACAGACACUGUAACACACAACAUAAGCAUUAGACACUAUACCGAUAAUAUGGUUUGUGGAUGUCCAUGACUAGCUAAAUAUUUGCCAGCGAUUCUCUUGUAAAUUUGUGAAGCUGAAACAUUGCUAAUACAGACAUUGCUAUUCUAUUAGCUUUACCACAGGCUUAAACCCGCCCGCCCUGUUCUGCAGGAGGUGGGACUGAUGAUUUCUGAAAGCAUGACCUGAAUUCCCCUCGUCUACGAUUCCAUGAAACCCAAUUUCCUCUUUCCCGUGUGCAAGCCCACCUCCUGCAUGUAACGUUUGGCUCCAGGGAGUUACUUCAGAUGUUAGGGAGGGGAUUACAUGUGCUCUAUUGCUUUCUGACAUGGCAUGCUGCCACUCAAUGAUGUGCUCAUACCUCUAUUUUAUCCAUUCUGCCAUCGACAGACCGAUCAAAGCAGUACAAUAAGAUAUCGCAUAUAUCUGAAAAAAAGAAGGUUGAAUUAAAGUCACUGCGAGAUAUUAAAGGUUAUUCCUCUGCUGAAGAAAUUCAAACAGAGCUGGAGGAGGAAAUUUAGAGAGAGUUGCAGUAAAAGAUUUCCCCUCCUUACUUUUUUGCCAGUGACCUGCUGGGAGGGAAACAGAGACCAAAGUGUGUCAAUGGGACCCUGGAGAGACGGCACCAUGUGUCGAAGAGACCUGCAUGAUACAGAGUCGCUCCAGUGGAGGGAGAAGUAGGCCACUGUCAGCCGCAGCGGAGCGGCUGCAGCUUCACUGUGGCCGUGGAGAUACAUAGAAAAGUUUAGAGCUUAUUUAUCAUCAUACACUAUAUGGCUAAAAGUAUGUCAACAUUAAGCCCUUUAUUUAUAUAGAGCUAUUCUAUCGACCACUCAAAGGACUUUUCAGUACCAGCCACACUUACACACUGCCGGCAAUUUGGGGUUCACUGUCUUUCAGCAUGUGGACUUGAGGAGCCAGGGAUCGAACCACCGACCUUCUGGUUAGUGGACGAGCUCCUCUAUCUCCUGAGCAACAGCCGCCACAAAGUGAUAGCUGAACAUCUCAUUACCCAAACUUCAAUUCAGCCACUAGAUCAUUUGUAUGUUGGGUCCUGGAUCCCAGUCGGUAUUCCAGUUCAUCCCAAAGGUUUUGGAUGUGGUUGAGGUCAGGGCAGGUGGUUCCACACUAAACUUCGACUAAACUAUCUAUGUACGAAAGCACGCCAUUGUCUAAAACAGUGGUUCGCAAACUUUUGGAUUCCUUCUUUAGUUACUGUUCCCACAUUUAUUGAGCUGUUACUGAAAUCACGCCCUGGUUCCUCCCAUUGUAAUAGAAUCUCGAGAAUCUCUCUAUAUUGAGCAGUAAAUUGUUAUUGUGAAUCAUUGCUAUUUUUCUUCCAUUUUACAAUAGAUAAAUAGUUUAUGAAUAUCACAUUCUGAUUUCAGAUGCAAUUAAAAUGAUGAGAGGAAAUGUAGUUCAGUAUAAAGUAUAUUACAGUGAUUUCAGACACAGCCGUGGAUAUUUUCCCAGCAGACAAUUCGACUUGUCACUGCAGGAAAACAAAAGGUGUGACUCAUAACAGCACAGACUUUGCAAACGGGGGCGUCCACAUAGUUUUAGCCAUAAAGUGUAUCAACAUAGUAAAAUGUAACUUUUAAUAAUAUAAUAAAUAUAUAAAUUAUAUUUCCUGCUCUUAAUGGCUGUGAAGGAACAUGAUGAUAUUUUCUUAAAGGACAAGUACAACAUUUGGGAAAUAAAAUGAUUUGUUUUCUUGCAAAGAGUUAGAAUAAAAGGAUUGAUACCACUGUGAUGUCUGUGGAGAGGAUUGGCUUUGCACAGCAUGAAGACUGUAAACAAGUUGAACGAUUCCUUUGAGUUAUCUUGCUGUUUUUGCUAAAAUAUAUAUUUGUUUGACAUUUCCCAUUACGAUUAAUAACAUAAACACCAAUUAAAUAACGGACUCAAGUGGAAUAACAGAUUUUUAUCACCCGGCUGUGGGUUGGAUGAGGACUGAAACCCCAGAUGCAGGAGCCGUCCUCUCUCCCGACGUGCCUCUGUUCUCUGUGUCUCUCUCUGGGCCUGCAUGGUUUUCCCGGAGGAGAUAAAUCAACAAACAACAGGGAGGAGCGGCACCUGCAGGCUCCGUCUCCAUGGCUGCCUGAGCUCAGUCUACUCACCCGCUGGCCCCUCGGGGAUAGGUCUCCUCCCGUGGUGCUCUCUUCAUGGCACCAGUCCGCCAUCUUGUUUCUGUCUCGCUGUGCAAAGUCAUUCUGGCUCGACGUGCGCCACGAGCGUCCAGAGAUAACUAUAGCUGAGCAGGUUCAUCUCAGGCUGUUUGAUUCAUUUGAUUCUGUUUGAUUAAUGGCAGAGGCGACUCAGCGGAAGGCUGUUAUCAUAGGAGUAAUCUGACAACGCGCUGUCUGUGCACAUAGAAAUAGAGACGCCCAAUGUCUGCGUCAGUGUAGCUUUGAAAAAUAAACAAAAAGCACAACAAAAAAGAAAAGGAAAAAAGUAGAACUACUGGCUGUGUUAUUUUCUGCUUCUUUUUACGUUGAUGUCAUUUGAGGUGAAUGUUUGUCAAAUGUCAAAGUAGUUUUUUCUGUGAAUAUAUGAUACAAUUGUCCCAAAAAAAAUACAACAAAAAAGGAAAGUUUUAUGGUUGUGAAAAGCUUUACUUUUCUGACUUACUUUAUCGGCAGAAAAGAAAUUCAAGAGGUAGAAAAGAGAAUUUUAACACAGCUCCUCCCACAGAGCUGCUUCGUGACUGUGUCUGUAUUUGUUGGUAUUUCUGUUGACGUCCCUUUUUGUCGAAGGGAUCCAAAAUCAGCUCAGAGUGCGUGCAAUGCCCUUUGAACCUUCCCAACCCCCGACCCCUACCUUUACCCGUCUGAAUGACCUUUGACCCCCCCCCCACUAGCGUCUGUUUCUGCACAGUAAAAGACGCAGUAAAACACAGGAGUGAACGAGAAUUCUGAGGAACUGGUACCAGAGCGCAGAGCUGCUCCUCACAGCUGCCAACCUCCAUCCUGUUUGUUUCUGUGUUGAUGGAGACAAAAUAUAUAUAUAAAAAAUAAAUAAAACCUGAAGCUGGGGACGUCAUGGCUAUGACCGCGCUUUUAUCUCGCCUCGCUCCCUAUGAGGCCUUUCUCUUUUUUUUCCAUUCAACAUCCAAACAUCCACCAGGCGUAAUGGCACUGGUUUUACUGAACUGCUAGCCCGGGAAUGCACUAUUGAUUGGUAAAUAAAGAUUAUGAAUAAAGUUUCAAACAAACCAGA